AAUUAAUUUUAGUUAAAUGGUACCAGACAACCAGAAGAAUGUGAAUUAAUGUGGAAUAAUUUAGUUCAUCCAUCAAUUAACAAAGAAAAAUGGACAGAGGCUGAAAAGAAAUCCUUACUGAGUAUUGCUGAAAGAUAUCAGUAUAAAGAUUGGGAUACAAUUGCCGAAAAGUUACAAACAAAUCGAACAGCUUGGCAGUGUUUACAAAAAUAUCAAAAAGAAGUAUCCAAAACUAAUGCCAGUGGUCCAUGGACAAAGGAAGAAGAUGAUCUUUUAGCAGAAGUUGUAGAAGCUUGUAGAGUUGGCAAUUACGUUCCUUGGCAUCAAGUUGCAUAUUAUUUAGAGGGUAGAAGCAAAUGUCAAAUUCAAGAAAGAUGGAAAAGAACAAAACUGGCAAGAAAAGGACAGUGGAGAAUAUUGGAAGAUAUGAUUCUAAUAACUGCAGUAAAAAAGCAUGGAGAAGAUUGGAUUAAAGUAGCUCAGUAUCUUCCGGGAAGAACAAAUAAUCAGUGUCGUGAGAGAUAUAAAAAUUCUUUGAAAGAAAAUUUGAUGUUAGGCUCCUGGACAGCUGAUGAAGAUAAAAAGCUCAUGAAAGUGGUUAAUGAAAUUGGUGAAGGAAAGUGGUCAAAAGUAGCUCAAUAUUUACCUGGGAGGACUGAUAAUUCUAUAUACCAACGAUAUCGUCUCAUCAAAGCGAAAGUUCCAAAUGCAUUAGAUUCAAUAAAUACUGAAGAAAAUGAAGAAGUAAGUUGUAGUAAACCUCUUACUAGAACAGUUAGUUGCCAAAAGAAGAUAGAAAGAAGAAAUAUUGUUUAUCGAGCACUUCAAGAUCAAAUUCUAAAUUUGAAAAUGGAGGAUCCUUCAACUUCUACAAAUUCUAUAUCUGAAAAUCUGAAUGGAAUUGACAUAACAACGAUUAACAAGCUUCUAAAUAAGAUGCUACCUUCUUUGAAAGCAAAAUCUCCAAAUCCCAAGAAGAAAUCGAAAAAAGAAAAAUCUAUAGAUGCUGCUUUAGAUGCAUUUUUAUUACCUUUGGCUCUAAAUAUUUUUCAGAAACCAAAAAUAAAAG